AUGCGAGUAUUUUUGCAACAAGAUGAAACUGCGAGUGUGCUUUCGAAGCAGUUGUUAGACAUUGGAAAUAAUAAAGUUGCAGUGGACACCUCAACCGGAUUCAUCACGUUACCCACAGAUUUCUGUCAAAUCACAGACUCAAAAGAAGAGCUUAUUCAGCGUGUUUUUCCAGAUAUAGCGCAAAAAUUCAAUAACCAUCAUUGGCUGGAUGAACGAGCAAUAUUGACAGCGAAAAAUAAAGAUGUCGAGGAUCUCAAUGCGACCAUUCAGAAUUUUCUUACAGAACAGUUGGUUUCUUUUAAAUCAGUCGACACCGUUAUGAACCUGGAUGACGUAGUCUAUUAUCCCACGGAGUUUUUAAAUUCGCUAGAAUUGUCUGGUUUACCACCUCACAAUUUGCAGUUAAAAAUAGGGUCAAUUGUCAUCACGCUGUGCAAUGGAACAAGACUGGCUGUGAAAAAGCUGAGGAAUAACGUCAUUGAGGCAACAAUCAUAAAAGGAAAAUACAAAGGAGAGGAUGUCUUGAUCUCGCGGAUACCGAUGAUUUCAAUGGAUUUACCAUUCGAUUUUAAACGCUUACAACUUCCAGUACGUCUAGCUUUUGCGAUGACCAUAAAUAAAUCGCAAGGUUAG